AUGUGGAGGGAUGAUUCCGCCCCACGCACAACAGCCGAACGUCUUCGCGCGGCACGUCGAGAUGAAAUAGCGGCUCUUUACAACCAAUCAAUUGAGCGGCAAUUUAACAAUAAGAACAAUCACAACAAUCUUCAUUCCACCUCCGAGAGACUUGUAGGCUCUAAUAAAAUUGGGCUAGACACGUACUUGUGUGCAAGGAGUCGUGGUGGACAGUUGUGCGAAGACGGAGUACCGGUGAUGAAGCGACUCAUGCAAGGCGAAUAUCAGAAUGAGAGAAACGUAGAGUCGAAGUGUAUGCAAACAGUCAACACAGAAAAUAUAAUUCCAUCAUCAUUAUCAUUAUCAUUAUCAUUAUUAUCUCCAUCAGAAGUAGGAGUAGCAGACACAGUGUGUACAGACACAUCCUUUGAUGCCGCAUCUCUCAAUAUCAAAUCCUUUGAAAAGCCCAUUAAAGUCUUAAAUAAAAACUGGAGCCGAAGCGAAAUGUGUAGAAAACGUCACUGGUGUACAUAUGGGACGCCUCACUCUGCUGCCACUACUACAGUGAAUGGUAUGAAAACAUCAUCACCAGAGUUACUACAACGUCCUGCUUCCGCCUCUACACUAACAACAACAACAACAAUGACAACUCGCAAUAGACCUGGAUCUUCUGCAUCUAUUCCUUCAUCCCUAAUGACACACAGAACUACGAAUACUAAUACUAAUACUAAUACUAAUAAUACUACGAAUACUAAUACUACUGCGAAUACGAAUAACACAAUGACAACGAGAUCCAUGUUGAGAUCUGGCGCAGAAACAGCAAGGAACGGUAGAAGUUCUAUGAUAAAGGGGCGACAGCAACAUCUUGGGAAAUCUUACAGGUGUCAGUCAACACAACCACAGCAGAAGAAUAAUGUUAAUACUAGUAGUGGUGGGUUGUUAUUAUCAAAGGACGAAUAUCGACGCAUUCGUGAGUUAAUCACUCCAUUGUAA